UCUCCCUCCUCUCGCUCUCUUUCUCUCUUCCUCUCUCUCUGAUCUCUCCACCCUGUCCUCUCUCUGUCUCUCUCGCAUCCUCUCCCUCCUCUCUCUCUCUGUCUCUCUCUUCCUCUCUCUCUGAUCUCUCUUGCGGUCCGUUGCCGAACGCCGUACCCACGCACGCCCUCUCUCUCUCUCUGAAGCUCGGUUGAAGGUCAUUCACGACAGUGAGUUUUCAAGAUUGGCCAUGAAAUCUCUCUCUUGCCAUAGGUCGAUGAAAAGGAAAGAGAAUGAAAAAGGAGAGGAAGAAGAGAAAAUGUUUAUUCCAUGUUGGAAAAAGAGCAAAGCUGAGAUUCAAGAAGAAUUAAGAGGCGGAAGCUGCAGCGACAGCAGCUCAAAAGAUCCAAAGCUGGAUUUUGAUACAUUGACCAGAAUCGCUUCGUUGGAAAAUGCAAAGCACCAAUCCCUCAAAAUCUUCCUCAAAAACAAGACAAAUAAUAGAGAGAUACAAAUCUCUUGUGGGAAGAAGCCAUGCCUACCACUUCCAGAAUGGGGGUCUUGGAUUCAGGUCUACCUCAAGAUGGGCGGUGGGGAUCUUGUCUACCUAUGUAAUAAGACUCUCACAGCCAGCGAUGUGAUGCCGAACCUUUGCCGUUUGUUCCUGAAAACGAAGGAGGCGUUGAAGGUGCUCAUCCCAGCAAUGACAAAAUGUGAAGAAAAACGUCUGAUGGAUCCGAAAGAAAAGUUUAUAGUUAUAGCCGUUGAUCAGAUGGGCCGACAGUAUAAUAUAGAGCUCCAGUAUUGGUCUAGCGUCCACCAAUAUGUAUUCCAAAAAGGAUGGAAAAAGCUAGUGAUGGAAAAUGGAUUUGGAAACGAUACUAAUAUAAGAAUUUGGUUCUUCCGCUAUGGAAAAAAUAAGGAAUUGGGUUUCAUCGUCAUUCCCUCAUACUCUAUUCAACAACUCCAACCAUCUUCUCGUACAUCAACGGAUUCUACAAGUACAGUGGAAGAAGCACAUUGAAAGACUCUUAAGUCUUUUUUAUUUUAUUUUUUUCUAUUAUAACAUUCUUUGAUUUUUUUUUAUUCUUUUAAUCAAUGAAUAGAGGAUUUUUAUUUUUUUUAGUUAUUAUUAGUAUUAUUGUUGUUGUUAUUCUAAGAAUAGGAAACUUAAUUGUUUUACUUAAUUGUUGUUGUUAAUCAAUGAAUGCAAGUACACUCAAUAUGAUAAAUAUGAUCCAUUCAUUAGUGAUGGGCCACUUUGAUGUGCCCAACUCACAAAAGAGCCAACUUAUCAAUGACACACAUGUACAUACUGAAUUUAGAUACAAUGUUAUAUUCUCAUAACCGUCCUAAUAUACUCAACUUAUAAACUGAAAUUCCCUUAAUCUUCCAGUCUUGAGUUGAAUUAGGAUUGAAAUCAAUCGUGGGCCACAGAACAUUAACGGUUCUUAUCUUACUUUGAUACGCAUAUUGGUGGUGACUCCCACAACUUGUAUCUACAUGAUUUCAUGACUAUUGUAAGCCCCACUAUGAUGUUUAUAUGAAAUCUACCCUGCCCACCAAGUGCUUCACCACUUAUUAUGGUAAAGGCCCAAAACUCAACUCUAUACAUGAUUCAGGUUUACUAUCCACUAGGAAUGGUGAUCAGGGAAAGGCUUACCCUCCAAAUUGUUUCCCUUAUUGUGGCAUGCAUAAAUCAUAGAUGGGCCUGUAUUUCUGGAUCCGAACCUAAAUUUUGGUGUAUCAUCUAAUGGUUGGAGUGGAUUUCUUAUAAUCAUCACGGUAGGCCCAGUAAAAACCAGUGGUGGACAUCCUACAAAGUGUUUCUUUUGGUAGGGCCCACCUUAGGUAGAGGUCAGACUAUUUUUUGUCUCUUUGCUUAUCCUAAGAUGACACAUCUAAUCAUUAGAGAUGAUCUCGCAUACACAUAACAGUGGGUCCCAUCAAAACUGAAGGGUGGGCGUUUCCUGGAAAUUUGUGAAUAAUCUGUACUUUUACUUGAAACAAAUUUUAUGUGAAGGGGGGCAUUUUGAGGGAUGGAAUUACAAACAUGCUCUCCUUUAAUUGUUUUCUUUAGAAAGUAGUGAAUUUCAAGAU